AUGCUGGAGCACAGGCGAUUGCUGAGGCUCUCAAAGUGAACACGACGCUCACUGCUCUCCACUUGUCGUAUAAUUGCAUUAGCGAUGUUGCUGUUCAAGCGAUCGAAGAGGUACGCAGAGCAAACAGCACGACGUCGGUCUACAUGCUCCACCAGAUAAACCCUCUUUCUUUUUCUUUGCCUCCCCGAGCAGCAAUGGCAACAGACCUGGAGCUCGUGUUUAGCGUGCUGAUCAGCGGUCCGGAAUUGAAUCAUCCGUCUGCGUCUCUACCAAUGCUACCAGUCGAGCUUGCCGAGCGUAUUAUGGACGAGGCGCACUACUGGCAAGGUGUGCAGCAUACCAAGCGAGACUACUUUGAGGAGGAUAAUCUGGAAGUCUCGGUGCCUUUGAGCACGAGUGGAACUUCAAUCCGGGUGAAGGCGAUUCAAGUGCUUCGUGACUGGCAGACACAGCCCUUCGUCGUUGGCGAUGUUGCUUUUGAUGUGGUUGUCCGAGAUGCGCAAGGUGCUGUUCAAUCCGAAGCGGCUGUGAGACCUACCUUUGUUGAUACCGUUCAGCUUGUGACAAUCUGGCCUGCGAAUCUUCCCAUCAUCCGACAAAUGCGCGAGGGUUGGCAAGUUCAAGUGCGACCCAGCUCCUCCUUGUCCCACCGAGUGCGAUACGAGUCGCUCUAUGUCGGAUACGAGGGGAUUUUAGCGACCAAUCUCCAGAGCACAUUUUGAGGCGUGUUCUACACGUUGGCAAAGAGCAUUACGAACGGAAAUAAACCAAAAUCAC